AUGACGCCCACACCGCCUUCCACAAACUCGUCUACCGGAGGACGUUCCCCAGAGGAGCAGUUCCGAGUCGUCAGGAAGAGAAACCGAGUACCGCUAAGCUGCUAUCCUUGCCGGACGAGAAACAACUGCAUGAAGCGCGAGGGCACGGAUACGCCGUCCUGUUCUUAUGCAGCGCCGCUGUCUCGCAAGAAGAGCCAGAACCGGGCUGAUUCGAGUCCGGAUGAUAUGCAAAACCGCAUCGACCGCCUGGAGGGCCUCGUGCUUUCGCUGAUGCACAACGGCGCCAACGUCGAUUUCACAUCCAACACACGCGCGAGCGACCCUGCCUCCGCUCCGCACUCCAUAAACGACAGCGGCUCCUCGGCCAAGCUCGAUCGUGAAGUGGAAAUGGUGCCGGAUGACGAGAGCGACGAAGACAGUCUGGCAACAUCGUUGGGGGUGCUGAAAGUUGACGCCGACAAGGGAAAGUCCUUGUACAUCGGGCAGGAAAACUGGCACCUGAUCCUCGCAGACAUAUCUGAGGUGAAAAACUACUUCCUCAGCCACAAGAAAGAGCUCGAAUCGAGCUACGAGCGCGUUCGGUCGUCCAAGCCCAUGACGGCCCGUGAAGGCCCGACCCUUCUGCUGGGCGCCGUUCCCGCUUCGGAGCUCGAAAUCCGUGCCGAGCUGCCAUCCAAGUCCAGCGUGCUCCAUUUAUGCAGCCGCUAUUUCAACUCCAUGGACAAUACCGUCAGCAUCAUCCACAAACCGACGUUUCUGCAACAGCUUCGCACCCAUUACCAGGAUCCAUCCAAGACGCCCGUCAUGUGGCUGGGCCUUCUCUACUCCAUACUCUGCCUCGCCAUGCUGAGCUACCACAAGGUUGGUGACGAACCCCCGGAAUGGAAAGGUCGGACCCUCGAGCUUGCCUCGAGCUUCCGGUUGCGAACGGCCCAGUGCCUCAUCAGGGCGGACUAUACAAAACCCGUCGAGUACACGGUCGAAACCAUGGUGCUCCACGUGUUUGGGGAGUACUCAUCCAGGUGGGAUGCUGAUCUGGGCCUGUGGUUGAUCGUCUCCUUGAUUACGAGGAUUGCAUUUCGCAUGGGCUACCACCGCGAUGCAAAAUGGUUCCCCUCCCUCACGCCCUUUCAAGCAGAGAUGAGACGAAGGACCUGGGCGUUGGUUCGAAUGUCCGAUGUCAUUUUCUCGCACCAAGUCUCGCUUCCGAGCAUGAUAUACGAGCAUGACUGCGAUACGAAUCUGCCCAACAACAUACUGGACGACGAUUUCCACCCUGGCAUAGCGGAGCUACCGCCGCCUCGGCCGAGCACCGAGCCAACGCCCAUCUCCUACAUGAUUUGCAAGGCUCGCCUCUGCAACGAGCUGGGGAACAUUCUUCAGACUACCAGCAAGGUUGGCAGCCACGUUCCAUAUGACGAGAUCAUCCGGUUCGAUGCGAAGCUACGUCAGGUGAUGCAGGAGCUGCCGCCUCACCUCAAGGUUGUCCCGCUAGAACGUUGUCAGGAUCCCGUCACGCUCAUCCUUGCGAGGUUCAACAUCGACACUCUCUUUCAGAAGAUCCUGUGCUUGCUUCAUCGCAAGUAUAUAUGCAGGGCGCGGCAGAACCCAAGGUAUGCGCAUUCGCGACGCAGCGCCAUCGAGGCUUCCCUGCAUGCCAUGGAUCAUCUUCACAUGCUCUAUCGCGAGUCCCAGAACAACGGCCGGCUCCGAUCUGUCGCUUGGUAUGUCAAGAGCACGGCGACGAAGGAGUUCAUAUUACCUGCCAUGCUCAUCGUGCUGGAUUUGCACUAUGACAACAUGGCGACGCAGCUCGGGACACGACAGGACCACGAAGGAGCCUUUCUCUGGACUCGAGAUGAACGCACCAGAAUGAUCGGCACGUUGGAGGACGCCACGGUCAUUUGGAAGAGUCUCGCGGAUACGUCCAUGGAGGCAUUCAAGGCCUCCAAGGUCAUGGAGAUCAUGCUGCAGAAGCUGCAGAAUCCCGCACAAGGCGCGAACGGAUCCAUGCCGAGGACCGACCCGGUCGGCCGAAGCGCCAACGUCACGGACCAAACCCCGGCCAUGGCUCAAGACCUCGCUACCCCGGAAGGGUUUUCUACCUUUGGUCCCGGAAUUGGCACCUUCUCGAAUCCAAAUAGCAGCACCUUUAUGGGAAUGGAUUUUAACUUGCCACCGCCUGACAUGAACCUUGGGCAGGCAGGGGGUCUCGAUGAUGCCGCGUCACCGCUGUUCAUGUUUACGAGUCCCGGCAGCAGGUUUGGCACUGCGGCCGAUUUGCCGACGAAUUUUGACUGGAACGCAUUCGAGAACUACACGCAAAUGGCAAACUGGGGUGCCGACCAAAGCUUCCAGAUAUACGGGACGGGCGAUGAAUCGUCUCCACAAGAACCAGGUGGAAUGAAUGCGCAGUAA